AUGCAUGCAUUAGCUAGGGUUUAUUUUUUCUCAAAGGUGGAACUUGGAAGUGCUUCGGUACUUGUUGCUGAGGCGUUAGUAUUGAGAGAUAGCGUGGUGAAAGCAAAAGAGAAAGGUUUUACAAGGGUUGAAGUGGAAGGAGAUCACAAGCUAGAAAGAGAACAAGAUGUGGGAUUACCGAGUUGCCGAAUUGCGUUAUGGGUUCUAGUCUCAUUGCUACCUCUACAAGACGCAGUAAAUACAAUCCUGGCUUCCCCUCCGCAGUGGAAGACACUUUCUCAUCCAAUACUAACAAGGCGCAAUCUUGAAUUCAACUAUCUCAACGUUUUAGGAAGAAAUUACAGAGGAACAGUUUUCGACGUGACGGCGAGAGCUCGAGCCUUUGUGAGACGUGUGAGUAAAUAUUUGCAGCAAUAUCAAGGUAACAAGGUUGAAUCUUUGAAAAUUGAUUGCUAUCACGGUAUCAAGGUUAAAUCAAAGACUGAAGUCAGGCUUGAUGAAUGGAUUCGUUUUGCAAUUAUGAAAAGUGUCGAAGAACUACAUGUUCGACCUGGUUGGUGUUCAAUGUCCCACCGAGAUCUUAUUAUUUUUCCUCUCCUUUCACUUGUUGGCUCCACUUCAAAUCUUAAACAUUUGUUAUUAGAGAGAUGCAUACUAAGACAGCAAUCUCCUACUGAUUUUGACGGAUUCAAGCUGCUAACUACUCUUCGUCUCAAUGAAGUUGCCCUCGAUAAUUGUCUGAUGGCAAACCUCCUUUCUGUUUGUUUAUUACUUGAGAGCUUGACCUUAGAUCGUUGCUGCAGGAUGUAUGAUAAAUCAUUUCUGGAUUUUGAUCUUCCUGUUGUGUGUGAUCGCCUAACUGAUCUGAAAGUGUUACAGGGUAUGUACAUGUACGGAACCAACGUGAAUAUUUCGGCGCUAAAUCUUACCUCAUUGGAGUUCAUUGCAUAUGUUGGUUGCAGUUGUUCUUUCCUACAAAGUCCACAGUUAGCAAGAAUUUAUUUCUCAGGCACCGGACUCUGUCGAGGAAAUGAACUAGUGAAAAUAUCGGAAGCAUUAGUCCAAUUUGCAUCGUGUCCCGCGCUUGAAACUCUUCAUCUGCGAAUUCCGGCAGAAACCCCCCGAAUUAGCAGCUUUCAAACUUACGGAAAUCUCAAGCAACUGAACUUGGAUCUUGACCUAGAUCGAAAGAGAAGGAAAGACAAUGAUGAUGUUGAUGUCAAUUGUGUGCUGGAUCUCCUCAAGGCUGCACCCCUUUUGGAAGAGUUCACAAUAACAACACAAAAUGGACAAGACUUGUCUAAGACUAAUCCUAGAGAGACAAGGAAUCGUUCUGGAUUCACAAAUGAUCAUUUGAGAAUGGUUAAGAUGCAGGGAUUCACAGGUAAUUGGUACGAAAGAGAAUUGGCCAUUUGUAUCCUAGAGAUUUCAGUUGUGGAAGAAAAACUUAAGGGAGUAAGGACUGAUGCUCAGAUCAUACUUCUAUAA